AUGUUGCAGGUCAAUGGUGACUCGGAGUGGGAGUACGAAGAGAUCCGCCUGGAGCGCGGUACCUCCGGGCUUGGAUUCUCGAUCGCGGGCGGUACCGACAACCCGCACGUCCAGGACGACCCUUCCAUCUUCAUCACCAAGUUGAUACCCGGAGGAGCGGCGGCCAACGAUGGCAGGCUGCGGGUCGGCGACGUCAUCCUCGAGGUCAAUAGGACUUCGGUCGUAGAUGUCUGCCACACCGACGCCGUCGAAGCCCUCAAGAGGGCCGGCAACGUCGUCACGCUGAAUGUCCGACGAAGAAGGGCUGGGGCACUUAAGUUGAUCGAAAUCGAAUUAAUUAAAGGCAAUAAAGGCUUAGGCUUCAGCAUUGCUGGAGGCAUUGGCAAUCAGCAUAUCCCAGGCGAUAAUGGGAUUUUUGUUACAAAAAUUAUGGAUGGAGGUGCAGCGCAGGUAGAUGGCAGGCUUGCAGUUGGUGACAAACUCAUAGCUGUCAGAAAUCUCCCCGGAGGUGACGUGAAUCUUGAAAAUGUAGCCCAUGAAGAAGCCGUUGCCACACUGAAAGCAACUCAUGAACGGGUUGUCCUCCUUGUUGGCAAGCCUGAUAAUGCUCUCCACAUGUCAGAUGCUCUUGGUCAUUCAUUUACUCAUCGUGCGACCAUUGAGAAAUCGAGCAGUCCACAACCAUCUCUACAAGAUUCUAUACAUGCUUCUACUGUACAACUCCAUGCUCCAACACCAACUGGUGUCAGCAUAGAAGAUAUUUCCUCAAGUGAAGCAAUUCAUGUUAACCGACCGAGUAAUAUGAGCGGAAACGAUUGCCCCUCACUUGGUAAUAAGGAGGUAGCCAUAGGUGUGCCUCGGAGGCCUGUUUUGAAACGCAUGUUGCAAUGGUUACAGCUCGUUACUCUCACUGGAUGCAGGUCGACUCUCUUUAUUAUAACCGCUAGCGAUAGAUAA